GAUUAUUGGGAUAGUAAGCAAGCCAAGGAAUGUGCGAACCCUUCCUUCACUCUUCAUUUUACACCGAUGCGGAAGGCUAUUCGUGAGAGUGUUGGGCAUCUCUACCCUGAUACAUGUGCGGCACUCGGGCUUCUAGUUGUAGAUCCAAAGUUCCAGCGUCGCGGCGCGAGAAGAAUUUUGGUGCAAUGUGGCGCAAAGGUAGCAGAUCGAAUAAGUGUUGAGGCAGUUGUUGAGGCAGGGUUGUACAACCAGGAGGGCUUCGAAGUUUUGAAAGAUCAUGAAAUUCCGCUGUUGGAGUGGGGGGCGAAUAAGACCAGACAGAGAUUCUCGUGGAUUAAAAGACCGGCAAAG